UGGCAGUUAGUCGAACUUCAGUAGACUACAAAGAAAGAUAAACCGAAAGAAAGAUGAUGAUCAAGUCCUUUGCGGUGAUUGCAUUGCUGGUGGCAGUGGCCAGUGCCGAGCUGCACCGCGUGCCCGUCCUCAAGGAGCAGAACUUUGUGAAGACUCGCCAGAAUGUGCUCGCUGAGAAGGCGUAUCUGGCCACCAAGUACCAGCUGCCCCAGGCCCGUGAUCUCAACGAGGAGACCCUGGCCAACUCAAUGAACAUGAUCUACUAUGGUGCCAUCAGCAUUGGCACUCCAGCCCAGAGCUUCAAGGUGCUGUUCGAUUCGGGCUCCUCGAAUCUGUGGGUGCCAUCGAACACCUGCCAGAGUGACGCUUGCCUGACCCACAACCAGUACGACUCGAGUGCCAGCAGCAGCUAUGUGGCCAACGGCGAGUACUUCUCCAUUCAGUACGGCACUGGCAGCCUCACCGGCUACCUGUCCGAGGACACCGUCGAUGUCAAUGGACUGACAGUCACCAGCCAGACCUUUGCUGAGUCCACCAAUGAGCCUGGAACCAACUUCAACAAUGCCAACUUUGACGGCAUCCUGGGCAUGGCCUACGAGGCUCUCGCCGUCGAUGGUGUCGCUCCCGUCUUCUACAACAUGGUCUCCCAGGGUCUCGUCGAUCAGUCCGUGUUCUCCUUCUAUCUGGCCCGCGACGGCUCCGCCAGCGAUGGCGGUGAGCUGAUCUUUGGUGGCUCCGACUCCUCCCUCUACACCGGUGCCCUCACCUAUGUGCCCAUCUCCGAGCAAGGCUACUGGCAGUUCACCAUGGCCAGCGCCAGCUCCGAUGGCAACUCCCUCUGCAGCGACUGCCAGGCCAUUGCCGACACUGGCACCUCCCUCAUUGUGGCACCUUAUGAGGCCUAUGAGAUUCUCGUUGACAUCCUGAGCGUGGACGAGGAUGGCUAUGUGGCCUGUUCCAGCGUCAGCUCCCUGCCCGAUGUGACCUUCAACAUUGGCGGCACCGACUUCACCCUGACACCCGACUCUUACAUCAUCCUCUCGGACGGCAACUGCAUGUCCGCCUUUGAGUACAUGGGCACCGACUUCUGGAUCCUGGGCGAUGUCUUCAUUGGCCGGUACUACACCGAGUUUGAUUUGGGCAACAACCGCAUUGGCUUUGCACCAGUGGCCUAAACAAAUCAGCGAAUCAAUAAAGCGAUUUUGAAUAUCUCAA